AUGAGAUCCGAGAUCAGACAUGAUCCGUCGCAGAAGAUUGUUAUGUACCUGGGCUUAUUUGCCUCAUCCUCGUGCUGCAUUCUGGGGUACCCGUGUUCGAACGAAGCCUCCGUGAUCUUGGCCUUCAGAGCGACGUGCGUGGGCUAUUUUAUUUGCAACCUGGCGGGCCUCCUUCUGCAGAAGUGUGAACUGAGCCGCCGGAUCCUCCGGAUUGGUCUGGUGAUCAACUCGUUGUCUUCCUGGCUCGUGUCUGGUCAUUGGUGCUUGGGCUUCGGCGAGUGGUGCAUCUUCAUGCUGUGCGAACACGCCUUCAUGAUGUUCGGAGGCAUGGUGCUUGUGGAAAACCUUGUGCACCUGCACUUGCUGUUCACACUUACUGGAUCGUUCGUGUGCUACCUGCUACGGCGGGAGUCGUCAGUGCUGGGUGUUGAGGCCGACCGGGUCUGGGAUGCUGCCGCAGUCACUGUCGUGAUGGUCCUCGUUGGCGGGAUCUUGUAUUCUGGCCAGCGGAGUAUUUCUUUCCUGCGCCAGAAACUAGACUUAAUAUCGUCAAUCGUGACCAUGUCGGAACAGGAGCUUCCAAACUCUGUUUCCUUCACGAGGACCCCCUCGGGAUCGAAGUUCGUCAGCUCGUGGUCGUCACCGAACGGUGGCUCUGGUGCCUUGCCUGAGCUGUCGGAUUGCAUCGGUAGAGGAUCCUUUGGCCAGGUCUUUUCCGCCAACUACAAGAACCAGAAAGCUGCCGUCAAGAUCAUGACGUGGGAAGGGGAGCAGCUGAAGAGAGUCGACCCUCUCAAGGAGGCCAAGCUGUGCAUGAGCAUGGUGCACCCGAACCUCGUGCAGGCCUUUGAUUUCUUCAUGCGCGACUGCGAGAGUGAGCUGCCUGGUAAGAGCCCAUGGAAGGAGAUCUGGAUCGUCCAGGAGUGGUGCGACCGCGGGACGCUCAACAGCUACUGCGAUGUCCCACGCACUUCUGGGUUGGGCCUGAAGCAGGCGAAGACUAUCCUGUGCGACAUCAGCACGGGUUGUGAGUACCUGCAUUCCAAGGACAUCAUCCAUGGAGAUCUUACGUCCAACAACGUGCUGCUCAAGUCGAGAGACAGCACGGGCCCACUGGAGCUGGACUUUGUAUGCAAGGUUUGCGACUUUGGGCUUGCCAGAGUCCUGGAGGAAGGCGUCUCCACGCUGCUAACCUCGCAACUUGGCACGGUCUCACACAUGCCGCCUGAGCUGAUUCGGCUGGACAACAAGAGGUUGACAAAGAAGGCAGACAUCUACGCGGUGGGCAUACUACUUUAUCAAGUCCUGCUUGGGCGAUUGCCCUUCGCAAAAAAGUCGGCGCCGCAGGUCGUCAUCUUCGUUGCUUCGGGCAAGAGGUUGCAACUUGACGAGACGGCGCCCGAGGAUGUUCGGCAGAUAUUCAUGGAUUGUACCGCGUUAGAGCCCAGAGAGAGGCCAACUGCAGAAGAGUUGGUCCAGUACUUUUCUCGCGACGACCCGCAGUCGGGCUGA